AUGCUGCAAGGAAGCCCAGGCCACGUGCGGAGGUUCUGGCUGACAGCUCCCGCUGAGGCCCCAGCCAACAGCCAGCAUCAACUGCUGGACACGUGCAUCUGUGAACUGCCCCAGCCCGCCAGUCCCACCCUGCCAAGCACCACGGAGGAGGAAAGCACUAGAAGCUGCUGUCUACCCCUUCGUGUCCCGCAGUUCCGACUGGGCCCCCCUUGGCUCACACCAAUGGGGCCCCAGGGGCAGGCACGGCCCUGCCAGGACCCGCCCCCUGGCCCGAGGCCCCGGGGCUUCCGGGAGCGGAUGGGGACACUGGCUGCCUUCCUCCUGGGAGGAGCCGCUGGGCCACAGGAAGCUGCAGCUGUGCAGAACCUGGGGCUGGUCUGGGGAUUGUCAGGCGGGGAGGCCCCUCGGGUGACGGCCGGGAUGCAGGACCCCGCCGAGGGUGCGCACUUCCACGUGGUCACGCCUCUGCUGGAGAGCUGGGCCCUGUCCCAGGUGGCGGGCACAACUGUCUUCCUCAAGUAUGAGAACGUGCAGCCGGCCGGAUCCUUCAAGAUCCGGGGCAUCGGGCAUUUCUGCCAGGAGGUAGCCAAGAAGGGAUGCAGACACCUGGUGUGCUCAUCAGGGGGCAACGCGGGCAUAGCCGCUGCCUACUCAGCCCGGAAGCUGGGCCUUCCUGUCACCAUCGUGCUCCCCGAGAGCGCCUCCCAGCAGGUGGUGAGGAGGCUGCAGGGGGAAGGGGCCGAGGUGCAGCUGGCUGGAAAGGUCUGGGACGAUGCCAACCUGAGGGCUCAGGAGUUGGCCAAGACGGACGGCUGGGUGCACAUCCACCCGUUUGAUCACCCCCUGAUAUGGGAAGGCCACGCCAGCCUGGUGCAGGAGCUGAAGGCAGCACUGGGGACCCCGCCGGGAGCCCUGGUGCUGGCAGUGGGGGGUGGGGGGCUGCUGGCCGGGGUGGUGGCUGGCCUGGCGGAGGUGGGCUGGCAGCACGUGCCUAUCAUUGCCAUGGAGACCCGUGGGGCGCACAGCUUCAACGCGGCCAUCAAGGCGGGCCGGCUGGUCACGCUACCGGACAUCACCAGUGUGGCCAAGUGCUUGGGCGCCCGGACGGUGGCCGCGCGGGCCCUGGAGUGCCUGCAGGAGAGCGAGAUCCUCUCGGAGGUGGUGGAGGACGCCGAGGCCGUGAGAGCCAUGCAGCGGUUCCUGGAUGACGAGCGGAUGCUGGUGGAGCCUGCCUGCGGGGCAGCUUUGGCCGCCAUCUACUCGGGACUUCUGGGAAGGCUCCAGGCCGAUGGACGCCUCAGCCCCUCCCUGGCCUCAGUCGUGGUGAUCGUGUGUGGGGGCAACAGUAUCGACAGCCGAGAGCUCCAGGGUCUGAAAGCACAGCUGGGCCAGAGCUAAGGGGUCCUGUUCUGGUGAGGAGGCAGCCAGGCCCUGGGAACGAGCCUCGACAUCUCUAUGACUGGUCUUCUGUACCAGCUGCCUCCUACGGGAAGUCCUCCUUGAGCAGCUCCCUGUGGUUGCCCGCAGCCGUGGCCAAUAAACCCUUCCUGAACCGAG